UUAGGGAUGCACCGUCUAUCCUACGUAUACCGUUCGAAUGACAACAUGUACUGAGUAACGAAAUGUUAUAAAGUUGACGGAGGGAAGCUGGUGAAAUAGUCACAGUAUUGUCCUUUCUGCCUGUGGGUGUAUCUCCGUGGCUGGUAACAGUGACAAGUUAUAUAUCGCAGAUCUACUUAAACAUGUCUCUCAGAUCAAGACCCUUAAAUUUUCGAUAUUUCAAAGUCUCUUUUCCACAAGAGCGAAUCCUUCAGGUUACAUUGAAUAGACCUGAGAAGCUCAAUUGUAUCGAUCAAGCUACAAGCCGGGAAAUCCAAGAAAUAUGGGAGCUUUUUGAUCAAGAUGAAAGCUUAUGGGUCGGCAUUAUCACAGGCGUGGGAAGAGCAUUUUGCACUGGGGCCGAUCUGCAAGGUUAGAAGAUUCCGCUGUCCAUUCAUUUUUCAGUAUCAAAAUAUCUCUCAGGAUUGCACGAGAACUAAUCAAGAACAGAAUGGAACGAGAUGAACAGGGCAGGGGUUGUCAAUGACAUGUCUGCACCAGGUCUUGCAGGACUUCCACGUCGAAGUGGCAAAAAGCCGGUUAUUGCUGCAGUCAAUGGCAUAUGCAUGGGAGGGGGUUUUGAAAUGAUAACAAAUUGCGAUGUCGUAAUCGCUGCCUCCACAGCCGUGUUUUCUCUGCCCGAAGCGAAGCGUGGGAUAGUCCCUGUGGCAGGGUGUCUACCACGGCUAGUCCGCACACUUGGCCUGCAGCGCACCUCGGACCUGGUAUUAACUGGUAGAAACGUAAGUGCCAAGACGUUGAGUGAUUGGGGACUCAUCACUCGGAUAGCAGACUCUGGUACCGAUGUUGUCGACGUUGCAAUCCAAGUUGCUCAAGACAUGUGCAAGAAUAGCCCAGAUGCGUUAAUUAUUGGUCGUAUGGGUAUUAGAUUGGGUUGGGAAGCUGGCAGUGUAGAGGAUACUGUUUCUACUUUGGCUGAUGAAUGGUAUCCCCGUCUGGUUAAAAGUCCCAAUUUUGCCGAAGGUAUUCAGGCGUAUGUGGACAAACGACCGCCGAAGUGGGUAAAUUCAAAGCUGUGACUGGUGAGAGGGCGUGGCCUUUGACGGCAAUUAACAAUUUUGCAGCGCUAUCUCUUUCAGGAAGGAGAAAUGGUGUCGUUUAGAGCUGUUUACGAGCAGCCAUUUAUUUCGUGUGGUAAAGAAAAUUUCCAUAGUGGGGAAGCCAAGGAAUGGUGGAGAAAGUAUGUAAUUAUUAUCUUAUCAGAUGACA